CUCGUCUCCCACAUUUUCUUCUUCGAUCCCGAAAAGAUGUUGAAGCUCUCGUGUAAUGCGACUGAUAAGUUACAGACCCUCUUCUCGCAUUCUCAUCAACCGGAUCCGGCACACCGGAGAACCGUCUCCUCCGUGUCGUGUUCCCAUCUGAGGAAACCGGUUCUCGAUCCUUUGCGAGCGAUCGUAUCUGCUGAUCAAGGAAGUGUGAUUAGAGCAGAACAAGGUUUGGGCUCACUUGCGGAUCAGCUCCGAUUGGGCAGCUUGACGGAGGAUGGUUUGUCGUAUAAGGAGAAGUUCAUCGUCAGAUCCUACGAGGUUGGGAGUAACAAGACCGCCACUGUCGAAACCGUCGCUAAUCUUUUGCAGGAGGUGGGAUGUAAUCAUGCGCAGAGCGUUGGAUUCUCGACUGAUGGGUUUGCGACAACACCGACAAUGAGGAAACUGCAUCUCAUUUGGGUCACUGCGAGAAUGCACAUUGAGAUCUACAAGUACCCUGCUUGGGGUGAUGUGGUUGAGAUAGAGACAUGGUGUCAGAGUGAAGGAAGGAUCGGGACUAGGCGUGAUUGGAUUCUUAAGGAUGUUGCUACCGGUGAAGUCACUGGCCGUGCUACAAGCAAGUGGGUGAUGAUGAACCAAGACACAAGACGGCUUCAGAAAGUUUCUGAUGAUGUUCGGGACGAGUACUUGGUCUUCUGUCCCAAAGAACUCAGAUUAGCAUUUCCUGAGGAGAAUAACAGAAGCUUGAAGAAAAUCCCAAAACUCGAAGAUCCAGCUCAGUAUUCAAUGAUUGGUCUUAAGCCUAGACGAGCUGAUCUCGACAUGAACCAGCAUGUCAAUAAUGUCACCUAUAUUGGAUGGGUUCUUGAGAGCAUACCUCAAGAGAUUGUAGACACGCACGAACUUCAGGUCAUAACUCUGGAUUACAGAAGAGAAUGUCAACAAGACGAUGUGGUGGAUUCACUCACCACUACCACCUCAGAGAUUGGUGGGACCAAUGGCUCUGCAACAUCAGGCGCACAGGGGCAAAACGAUAGCCAGUUCUUACAUCUCUUAAGGCUGUCUGGAGACGGUCAGGAGAUCAACCGCGGGACAACCCUGUGGAGAAAGAAGCCCUCCAAUCUCUAAGCCAUUUCAUUCUCAAGUUUCCUCUAUCUGUGUCGCUGAUGCUUCACGAGUCUAGUCAGGUCUCAUUUUUUUUCAAUAUAAAUUUGGGUUAGACUAGAGAACUGGAAUUAUUGGAAUUUAUGAGUUUUCGUUCUUGUUUCUGUACAAAUCUUGAGGAUUGAAGCCAAACCCAUUUCAUCUU